UCGUGCGGGACGCGGAGAGCGGCGGCCUGGGCGGCGGGGUGGGAGGACAGGCCCCGGCAGGCUCUGAAGGACGCCCCGGCCCGCGGCGGCCGCAAGCACCCGAAGCUUCCGCGGCAGUUGCAUAACGGCCGGCGGGCGGGCGGGCCGGGGGCCGGGCGGGAGGGGCCGGCGCGUCCCCUCGUCCCGCCGCGGCCCGGCCUGGGGGAGGGCGCCGCGCUGCCCGAGGGGCUGACCCGCCCGCCCCUCUGCCGGCCGCCUGGGACACCGACGCUGCCGGCGGGGGCGCAGAGGCACUCCCCGCGCCGCCGCGCCGCCCGCCCGCUCCGGCAGAGCGGCGCCGCGCCCAGAGAGCCGCCCGGCCGGCUCCGAAGGGCACGUCCUCGGCGGCGGCCUGUGCCGGGGCCGGCCUCGACGACUGCCUGCCCCCCGGGCCGCCCGCGCCCGCUGCCGAGUGGAAAAUGAACCCCGCUCCCGCGCCUCCGCCGCCGGGGCAGCAAGUGAUCCACGUCACGCAGGACCUGGACACGGAGCUGGAGGCGCUUUUCAACGCGGUGAUGAACCCCAAGCCCAGCUCCUGGAGGAAGAAGAUCCUGCCCGAGUCCUUCUUCAAGGAGCCGGACUCGGGCUCGCACUCGCGGCAGUCGAGCACGGACUCGGGCGGCCCCCCGCCGCGGCCCCCCGCCGCGCAGCACGUCCGCUCCCACUCCUCGCCCGCCUCGCUCGUGGGCUCGGUUGCGGCGCAGCAGCACGCGCACCUCCGCCAGCGCUCCUACGACGUGACGGACGAGCUGCCGCUGCCGCCCGGCUGGGAGAUGGCGCUCACGCACACGGGACAGCGGUACUUCCUCAAUCACAUAGAAAAAAUUACAACAUGGCAAGAUCCUCGAAAAACUAUGAACCAACCACUGAAUCACAUGAGCCAACAUCCUGCAGCUGCUUCCACACCAGUACCACAGAGAUCUAUGGCAAUGUCUCAGCCGAAUCUCGUCAUGAAUCACCAGCACCAAAUAACACCCAACACAGCCAUGUCACAGCAGAGUCGUCCUCCCCAGACUCCACAGCCAGGGCUGUUGAAUUUGCCCAGUGCGCUGACCACACAGCAACAGCAGCAGCAGAAGCUGAGGCUCCAGAGAAUCCAGAUGGAGAGGGAGCGAAUUAGGAUGCGUCAGGAGGAGUUACUGAGACAGGAAGCUGCUCUGUGCAGACAACUUCCCAUGGACUCAGAGAACAUGGUCCCAGUUCAGACAGCUGUGAAUACGCCUGCCAUGACACAAGACAUGAGGCCUAUUACAAGUAAUGGAUCUGAUCCUUUCUUGAACAGUGGGCCAUACCAUUCCAGGGAGCAGAGUACAGACAGUGGCUUGGGAUUAGGAUGCUACAGUAUACCAACAACACCUGAAGAUUUCCUCAGCAACGUAGAUGAGAUGGAUACAGGAGAUACCAUAGCACAGACAACAAUGAACAUAAAUCCACAACAAACACGUUUCCCUGAUUUCCUCGACUGCCUUCCAGGAACAAAUGUUGAUCUUGGGACUCUAGAGUCAGAAGACUUCAUCCCCAUUCUCAACGAUGUGGAGUCAGUACUUAACAAAAAUGAGCCCUUCCUUACUUGGCUGUAAUUACUCAGUGCUGAUUUGGCCUACGAUGCAAUUCAACAUUUCUUUUUCCUCUCGAGGUAGAGGUAGAAUAUCUGAAAAUCCUCAAGCGAUACAACUUACUGCCUUAAUGACUUUUAUUACAUCAUCUUUAUGGUCAAUUUAUUCUCUGCCUGGGUUUGAUUGACACUAAUUUAAAUACAGAAUACAUAUAUAUAUAUAAAAAUACAUAUAUGCAUAUAUAUUUUUUCCUCUUAAAAAUGAAAGCACACUUCUUCACAUAUCUGUAUACUUCUUUACCUUUUCAGACCAGGCAGAAAUGUUUGACUUUUAAGGACAGAAAGUGGGUAGUGUUUGUGCAUGUCCUUGACUGAUCUCCUAGGUAUUGAUUAACAUCACAAACCCUUCAUGAAUCACAAAAGCUAACUACUAGGUCACUUGAUUCAAAAAAAUGUGCACAGCAUCAGACCACGAGGGCAGUUUUAUUACUAUGUUUAUGACAAUAAUACCAGAGGCUUUUUUUAUCAAGUUACUUAAGCUUUAAAAAUCUUUUUUUUUUCAUUCUUUGUAACUAACUGUACUAUAUGGAAUACAGAUUAAAUCUGAUCCAUAUCAGCCAUAAUAAUUCUCCUUAUAUAUUUCUAAAGGCACAAACAGUACUGUUGCAGUUUCUUUUUUCAGUAUAUUACUGUAUAGUUUUCAGAAAAUAAAUACUUCCAAUCUGAAAGUACCAGAACUGUUUAGCAACAAUUUUACACUACAAUAUUGUUGCAAAAUAAACCAGACUGGUACUGACUGCUGCCUUAUAAAAACAAAACAAUGUAUUAUAAACAAACAUCUUUUUAAAAGGUCUUAGAUUUUGAUGUUUAUUAUAUUAAGCACUACAAUUUUGUAACUUAACAUAUGAACAAACAAUUUUUUAUAUAGAUAAAAUCUGUGGCAAAUAAAUGCAAAACCAUGCUUUUAAAAUGAGGUCUGAAAAAUGUGGCACAACUGGUUAGUGUUGUAUGUAGUGGGAAAAAAACCCUUGCUUAUACAGUUUUUGGUAAUAUUUUUAACUGACAAUGUCAAAAUUACAUGUAGUUGUAUACAUGAAAAAAGAUGGUAACUUUAUCAAGGCAGUGGUAAAGCAGUAUUGCAACCUGUCUGGUAAAGUUGCUUAGUUCUUAGGUCUUUCACUUACUGUAAUUGUUGUACAGGACACAAGGCAUGUUCUGUGUAUUUCUACUUAUUGUAUAUCAUACAAAUACUUCUUUAUCAGAGGUUUGGGACUGAGAAGGCAUCAAGGACACUAAGCUUGCAGUUCCCCUGAAAUGCAAAUGAAGUCCUAAAAUUCUUAAAUAUUUUGAAAUUAUAUUAUUUAUAAUCUAUGAAUUUAAGCUUUUUAUAUUGAGAAAUAUGUCUUUUAAUUAAAGGCAUUAAAACUUUUCUUUCAGCUUAAUCCAGGCUGUGUAGAGAGAGGAAGAGAUGUAGCACUCAGUGUAAAUGUGCAUUUGCCAGGUCUAUUAACACUUAACAAGGUCUUACUGAUGCACCACAAUAUUGGUCACUAAAGACGUUUUUCCCUCAGGUUGGGUGAAGGUAGGUGAAAAGUUCAGAGAUGAAGUGAUGGGAACAUGGAGUAGGUGUGGAAGACAAAUGAUUGUGUAACAAACCUAGAUCCUUGCCAGGAAGGGUGGCCGCGGAUAGGGAUGCACAGAAAACAAAUCACCGGUGUUAAGUAAAGAACAUAAAGAAGAACUUGAUAUGAUAAAUUGUCAUGUUGAUGAUGAACUUGUGGGUGUAUGUGAUAUCAGAAGAUGGAAAACAAAAAGCACACACAACAAAAUUCUGAAAAAAAGAGAUGGAAGGCAAAGACCUUCAGUCAUGAAGUUUUAUUACAUAGAGAAAAGUAGCUUUUUUUAUGUUGUGGGGUCUUUUUAGUAGAAAAUGAGAUGUGACAGCAGAGUUGUGUCUGCACAGAAUUUAAUUACUGUAUGGGCAUUGUGUUUCUUUUAUUCUUUUAGAGGAGUUACUUGGUUUUUUGGUGUUUUUUUUUAAUUAUUAUUUUUGCUAGCGCUAACUGUUGAGAUAACAGAAAUUUCUUUCAACAAACAGGGGACCGGGCAGGGCUGACCAAUGUUACUGUAAUUAUGAUUAGUCUCUCUCUUUUAAGGAUUUCUUCAGGUUUUCAGCCUAAAUGAAAACCAGAUGGUCCUAAGGCUUUGUUCUUUAAUGAAGUGACUGACUUUGGUAAAAGACUUGGAGAUUUUUGUGGUGUCUGGUUGUGAUGCCAGUUUGUAAGGCCAACUCAUCAGCACUGCAUAAUUGGCCUAACAAACUGAAACCCAUUGGUGCUAGAACCAUUUACAGUAGCUGCAGAUCUGAGCUCUAGUAUGAUUCAGUUGAUAUUGCUCAUCAUUAGAUGAUGUUUAGAAAAUGCAGUUUGUUCACUUGCUAGUAAGUCUGUACUAUUGUAAAUUUAAAUUUUGUCAUAAUAAAAGAUUUUCCAAGCAAAUCAGGUUCUCAGCUGGUAUGAAUUAGCUAACCUGUGUUGACUUCAGUUUGGCUACACUGAUUUUCAUUGGCUGAAGGUUGUACUUCUUACAGUGGUUUCCUAGUAAAGGCACCCAAAAUGUUUAUCUGAAUGGUGGAACUACAAAAUUGAUUUCUCUUUUAUUGGUGUUUCAGGUGGUUAAAGUCUCUUGGUCCAAAGACCUUAAAAAGGUAACACACACCCCCCUCAACUAUAUUUCCAUAUUACUUCCAUAACAAACCAACAGCAUGUGAAACAGUACUUAAGUGUAAAAGAACUGCCAAGAUCUUUGAUCAGAUUUUUACUGUCAUGAACCAAAUUGUGGUUAAAAGUGAUGCUUUAUGCUGUGAGCUUUUAAUUUUUGUAAUGGAGAGAAUGUAUCAAAUGAAGUACAGCAACAACAAAAUCUACUUUUUAAAGUUUUCUUUUUUUUUAAAGUUUCUGGCUUUAAACAGGCUUAUGGCAGAACUUUUAAAGUAUGCAAAACGUAUAUAAUUCUUACAAAACUAGAUUUAUUGGUGACAGUGUUUCACUGUACUAUUUCAGGUUUUGAACAUUUAUUUUACUAAACGUACACUGCCUACUUGUAGUAUAAAUACAAUAAAUGUUCCAGCUGGACGGUUUUAUUGUUGACCAUCGGUGAGGGUGGCAGAUCUAAGUCUUGGUGAUACAGAAGUAACGGGAUGCUGUUAAUUACAGUUUGUAUUCUGGUAUUACUGUUAAAAUGUAACCUGGGGAGGGAUUGGGUUUGACUUUUUGACAACAAAUGCUCUUUAGGGGAAGGGAAGGAUUCAAAUGUCUGUUUUAAAUACAGAAAAAUGUGGGUGUUCAAAUAAACUUGUUUCCUAAUACAUCCAUGUACAUGCUAGUACUUUAGCUUUUCUAUUUACUUAUUUUUUUGUUUUAUUAUAUGGCAUGUGUGAGCAUUUGUUUUUAAUUUUGAGUACCUUGCAACAGAUUCUAUGUAUCUAAAGCGAUCAGAUCAAACUGUUGUAUCCAGGGUUUGAUUCUGUUUUUUGGGGGUUUUUUUAUUUCUUCCAUCUUGUAUGUGAAAAACAAAUAUAAAUGAACUUAAAAGA